AUGCCUUUGCCUGCCCACUGCUGGCUCCAGUGUGUGUGUUCCACCCUCAGGAACACUGCUCCUGCUCCUUCCUGGGCCUGCAGCCCUGGAGAAUUUGUUCACCCAGGUAGGAGCGUGGCUGUGGGCAGCAGGCGGCGGCAGCGGGCGAGCGGCCGGGCUGACCACCUCUGCCUGACGCAGAUCCCUAAGGCCAGGCCCGGCAGCCUGCCCACGACCUCCAUCGGCUGGCGCUUCCAGCUCUGGUCCCUAGGACUCUCCUCUCCGGAGCGCCACCUGGCCAGGCGCCUCAAAAACAAUAGCUUCUACCCAUUCAUGCAGCAGCAGCCAAACGUCUUCGUGCUCGAGUACUACCUGGACACGCUGUGGAAGGGGAUGCUGCUCUUUGUCGUCUGCGUGGUCCUGGUCAGCUUGGGCUCCCUGAGAGAGGUACAGAAACAGGAGACCUGGGUCUUCCUCGCGUACGGCGUGGGCGUGGGCCUGUGGCUCGUGAUCUCGUCGCUGCCGCGGCGCCGCCUGGUGCUGAACCACACGCGCGGCGUGUACCACUUCUCCAUCCAGGGCCGCACCGUGUGCCAGGGCCCCUUGCACCUGGUCUACGUGCGCCUGGCCCUCAACUCCGACGGUGACUGGCCGGGAGGGUGGGCCAGGGACUGGGAGGCCGCUUGGGAGGUCAGAGGGGCGGUCAGGCCGGCUGAGUCCACUCUCCCCGCAGCCUACGGAAGGUGCUUCUUCCAGCUGGUCCUCGGCGGCCACAGGUUGGAGCCGCUGGUGCUGGUGCAGCUGUCUGAGCGCUACGAGCAAAUGGAAUACUUGGGCCGUUACAUCGCCCAGAAACUCAACAUCAACUACUUCGACUACCUGGCCACCUCCUACCGGCACGUGGUUCGCCACUGGCCACCCCCUAGCGGCACCUUGAUGCGUAAGAACCCCGUGGGUCACAAGCCCAGCUCCUCUCAGUCCAGCCUGGAGGUGUGACACCUGGAGGUGUGAUUCUGAGGGCCUCCUCCACCCCAGGACUGCGUUCUCGGUAACCUCCCAGCCCCACUCUGGGGCAGAUCAAAUUGUGAGACCCACUCGCUGUCCUUCCUUUCAAUAAAUCUCCCUCAGCUUCCACAUGGGUCAUUUUCGGGGGCAGGGGAGGCACUCUGAUGCCUAGGUCUUCCACUAUUGCACACUCCUAGGACCUCAGAGAGCUAGUGCCUUCCAGCUGGCUGAAGCAAACCCCACAGCUUGGGUUUGAAGGCAGGAACAGCUGGGAGCAAGGGAUGGUAUAUAGUCAGGUCUCUGAGGUUGGGUCCAUCACUAGAGAGGCUGGGAACUCCGGCCUCUCAGCCAGCAGCACUUAAUUUGUCCUACCUGACCUCAGAAGUGCUGACCAAUGUGUGGAAUCCAGAAGUCAGAAUCUGGCCCAUUAUGGAUCUGGUGUCUGCUGCUAUUCCAACCAGCAAUGGGGUGGGGUGCAGCCAGAGAACAAGCCGUGCACCUGAGGUGCAUGCUUGCCCCAAUAGCCACAAAGCUGCUGCUGCUUGCUCCAAGGGGGUGGGCGUGAGAGUCCCAGGCCAGGGUCCAGGGCCUCCUAGGAGGGAGGAUGUGCAGUGCCCCGACGCCUGCUCCCCAUGCCUGCUGGAAUCCCAGGCCCACGUCCCUGACACCUGCUCGCCAUGCCUGCUGGAACCCCAGGCCCACGCUCCCCUCUCUAGUGGAUCCCCCAGCUCUCACUGCAGCACCUGAGGCCUCCUGAGUGCUGGGGGCUGUUGUGGAAGCAGAGAAGGCUGUGGGCCAUGGGGUCCCAGGGAAAGCAGCACCUGGCUCUCCGAAUCUUCAGGCAUUAUCAGCUGAACGUCCCUGAAACCAGAAGCAGCUACGUAAUUUGCAGGGCUCCAUGCCAAAUGAAAAUGUGGAGCCCAUUGUUAGAAAGUUGUUAAGUGGGGUACAGUGGUGAUGCCUGUAGUCCCAGCUGCUCAGGAGGCUGAGGUGGGAGGAUAGCUUAAACCCAGGAGUUCAA